AUGCUUGAUGAAGUUGCAAAUGCCAUGCAGGCGUCACCCUCUCCUCCAACCUCUGAUCAUUCUUCUACGGAUAUGUACUAUACAAAUGUUUUUUUCGGCCAUCCUCUUUUUGCGCCUUCCGCUUUAAUUCGUCGAAGUUCACGAAGUGAAAAUCAAACUCAUCAAGCUGUUGCUUUAAGUGAUGGGUCACUUGCAUUUAAUGAGGAUUUCAUUGAGUUAGAUGUGCGCUCUGAUUCUGCACCGCCCUCAUCUGAUGCCGAUUCGGAUGACCACCUUCCUAUUGACAUUCCUCUUUCGUCUUCGUCAUUGGAAGUUCAAAGUGGUUCUUCUGACAGUCUACCAGCAACUACUUUUGUGUUGAUACUGAAUCCACAGCAAAAUACUGAUGCUGAUGACAAUCCUGUACCCUCAUCUCUUCCGUUGCAAAGUGAAGCCAAUUUGGUUGGGUCGAAUUGUGUCUCGCAGGAAAGUGCUCAAGCUAUGUGUCAUUCAAACUCCCAAAAGGUAGAAGAUCUUUCCAUAAGUACUCCUGAUGAAUCUUUACCCAGGGAGUCAGAUAGAACUGGGUCAAACUCUUCUCUCCCCACUUGUGCUGUUUUUCAAUCCCCAUAUUUUUCUGCUACUGAUGACCACUCUGAUUGUGAUGUCUUCUUGAUGCGUGAGCACGAAAUUGCUCCUGGUAAUUCAAUGACCAGCACUGUGGUGAAUUUAUUGCGCGGUUGUAAUCUCCUCGAUAGCCACACUUUAGAGGACUUGUGUAACUACCUCCCAAUCUUGCGUCGCAAAUACUCACCCCUUACUCCCAAUCCCAGUGUCCCAGCAUCUCAACUACCCGCCAACACUCCUAUUCUCGGCGAGAGACGCCAGCAGUCUGAAAAGAAGUCGUUCAGCUUGCUACCCUGCAUGUCUUGUACCUCAUCUGUCGAAACGGUGGCGUCGUUUGCUCCAUUAGCUCCAUGCAGGGGUCGACUGGUUGACUACCUGCUCACCUGCUCUCGUCUGGGCUCUACUGCUCUCUCCGAUUUUCUUCCUUUGGAAGGUGACCUUUCUCCCUCCAGUCGCAUACACCUGUUGCCUUUGGAUUGGCGUCGUGGUCGCUCUGACGGUCUAGUAUGUUUAGCGUGCGCCUCGCGCUCUGUUGGACUCCGAGUGAUAGGUCGCUUUGUCACCGAUUGGCAAUCCUGCUGUUUACCCAGUCUCCGAACUCGUACAGACUCCAUUGGUCGAUGGCUCGCUGAGUGGAUUCGAGCUGGAGCCGUGGUCUUCUUUGCUCAACUUGAUUCCCCACAGAGAGAUCCUUGCCCGUCUUUAAUGAGGUGCCAAAGUACCUCAAAUAUCAAUUGUGGAUGCUGCGAACUCGCCUGGCGACACCGAUUAGUAUACGGUGUUACUGGUCACUCUUAUGUUCACCUGUCGAAUCCUAUUGAAACCGUACACGUGAGAUCCUUGAAGGCUGCAUUGAACGUAGAGACAACCAUCUGUGUUCCAAAAGUGGAUCUGCUCAAGCUGUGGACUUCGGAUGGAGCGUUGCCACAGACCUCGUGUGACAGUCACGCCUUCUGUGCGGAUCAGGACCUGUCGCUUCUGGCUCAACAUGAGGAUCCCAGAUGGCGUCACUUCAACGUAUUAGGUAGUUAA